AUGACGAGCCGUUUGCUCGGGUAUCUUCAGCUUGCCAUCGUGCUCUACAACUCGGUGGCUAGAGGGCAAAUGAUACUCAGUCCCUCGGACACGAUGGUGAUCAGCAAUGCGAACGUCAGCCCUGAUGGCGUUACUCGAUCGGCCGUCGUAGUCAAUGGCGUCCACCCAGGACCGGACGAUGUAUUCGCGAUCAACGUCGUCAACGAGCUGACGGACCCCACAAUGCUUCGGAGCACCAGCGUGCACUGGCACGGGCUCUUCCAGAGGGGAACCAACUGGGCUGAUGGUGCAGAAGGCGUCAACCAGUGCCCCAUUUCCCCUGAGCGGUCGUUCCUCUAUCGCUUCAGUCCUGCUGGACACGCGGGGACUUUUUGGUACCAUUCUCACUUCGGUACGCAGUACUGUGAUGGCUUGCGUGGUCCUAUGGUCGUUUAUGAUCCAGACGACCCUUAUAAGAACGAGUACGAUGUCGACGAUGUCAACACGAUCAUCACUCUCGCCGACUGGUAUCACACUCCCGCGCCUUCCAUUCGUGGGCCUUUCUUCCCCGAUUCAACUUUGAUCAACGGUAUCGGUCGUACUCCUGGAGGGCCGAAGGUAGACCUGGCAGUCGUCAAUGUUGAGGCAGGGAAAAAAUAUCGGUUCCGUAUUGUCUCUCUCGCUUGCGACGUCAACUUCCAGUUCUCCAUCGACAAGCAUAAAUUGACAAUUAUUGAAGCUGACGGGCAGCUGACCGAUCCACUCGAGGUCGAUAGGAUCCAAAUUUUCACUGGUCAAAGGUACUCUGUCAUUCUGAACGCCAACCAAACUCCCGACGUCUACCGAAUCAGAGCAAUUCCUAAUGCUGGGGUCCACGGACUUACUGAUACCACAGCCGGUGGGGUCAACUCGGCCAUCCUUCGAUACGCAAAUGCGGAAGCUACUGAACUCCCCCAGGAGGAUGAACUGCCCAGCAACUUGGUUGAUCUCCAAGAAUGGAUGCUCCACGCCUACGCAGGAGGGGAUCCGGCUGCGCCAGGUCGCCCCGAGGCUGGUGGUGCCGACGUCAGAAUCCCGCUUAGGUUCACCUUUUCGGGAGGAAGAUUCUUCGUCAACGGCACUGCGUAUUCGAGUCCCUCAGUACCAACGCUCCUUCAGAUCAUGAGUGGCGCUAACCCCGGCGAGCUUCUCCCAGAAAACUCAAUUUAUUACCUGCCAAGGAAUCAAGUCAUUGAGGUAGAGAUCCCUAGUGCUGGAAUCAGUGCAAGUGGCCCCCACCCCUUCCAUCUUCAUGGCCAUGCAUUCAGCGUUAUUCGCAGCGCGGGUAACACUUCAUAUAACUACGUGAAUCCUGUAAAGCGAGACGUCGUCAACAUUGGCGGCGACUCGGAUCUGGUUACGAUUCGCUUUGUUACCGAUAAUCCCGGACCCUGGUUCUUCCACUGCCACAUCGAACCCCACCUAGUCGGCGGUCUCGCCAUAGUCUUCGCUGAAGCAAUGAAGGACACUAUGUCCGCAAACCCUGAUGUCCCUGAUGAGUGGAAGGAUCUCUGUGACAUAUAUGACAAGCUUGAACCGUCUUUAACCUCGCUUAGCAUUAUCCGGCGUGCGGAGCCAACCGACCUCUCUGCCAAAUUCCGUGGGCUGUAUUGA